GAUUGAAGUGAGACGUCUUACCGAGUCAAACCAUCUGUGCUUCCAGCCAGCUGUAACCAGGAGCCAAGUUCUCUAUCUCUGUUUUAGAAAUUACAAAGAGAUAAACAGGCCUUCUCAGGGGGAAAUGGAAGACGACGUCUUAACGACGCUGAAGAUUUUAAUCAUCGGUGAAAGUGGCGUUGGCAAGUCCAGCCUCCUCCUACGAUUCACAGAUGACACGUUUGACCCGGAGCAGUCGGCGACGAUAGGUGUCGACUUCAAGGUGAAGACCAUAUCAGUGGAUGGAAACAAGGCAAAGCUGGCGAUAUGGGACACUGCAGGACAGGAGCGCUUUCGAACCCUAACGCCGAGUUACUACCGCGGCGCACAGGGAGUCAUCCUGGUGUACGACGUGACGAGACGAGAGACCUUCACCAAGCUGGACAACUGGCUCAAUGAGCUGGAGACCUACUGCACCAGGAACGACCUCGUCAAGAUGCUCGUCGGAAACAAAAUCGAUAAGGAUAACCACGACGUAGACCGAGCCGAAGGGCUGAAGUUCGCGAGAAAACAUUCCAUGCUUUUCAUCGAGGCCAGCGCAAAGACGAAGGACGGAGUCCAGUGUGCGUUUGAGGAGCUGGUGGAGAAGAUCAUCCAGACGCCCGGGCUGUGGCAGAGCGAGGGCCACGGCAGGGCGGUGCAGCUGACGGACGAAGACGCCGGGGGCGGAGCCUGCGGUGGCUACUGCUCCAUGCUUUAAACCACACGUGAUGGCAGCACGUUAACAUCUACACCCCAAACCCCGUCUCUCUCUCUCUCCAGACUGCCAACCGUUUCCACUAAGACACUACUUUUGCACAAUUAGAAAAGACGCUGCGCAGCUCAGUCUCAAUUUAAAUGAGUCAGGCUUUUCUUCCUGCUGUUUUUUUGUUUCUUUUAGGACCUCGUUCAAAGUCUCUGCUUCCAUUUCAAGCUGUUUUUUAAGUCAAUAACUCUCAAAAGUGGAAGCCAAAGUUCGUCAGACAUCUUUAUUUUCGGUCUCUGUGAUCGGAGGGAACCAAAGCUCUCAGCUUCCAGCAUGCUGUUUUCUGUCCUAAGAGCUCGUUGCCUUAGCAACCGCAUCCAUAUCAAUGCUGGCCCGACUUCUCUGCAGCGUUUAACCGGAUGUGCUUCAUCCUGCCCCCUCCUCUUCCUCACAGACUCCGAUGUAUUGCUGCUGGCUCGUAGCAUGCGUCGUCCGCACAGCUGCCUCGUUUUACUUCAGUGUUGGGAAUGCUGUUUUACUUUGUUAUUGACUUGGACUGUAACCCUUUGCUUUGUUUUUGAAGAGCGCAUAAAUCAAAAGAGGCGGGCACCGCUGAGUGAGGACAAAGACUCACAAGACGGAUGACAUCAGAAACGUUAGCAGUUCGUCUGCGGAGACAAAGUGUUCAGAUGGUGUUUCUACUCAAUCUGGAAGUAUCAAAUCGACACCGUUGAGGCGCCGGUGUCUGAGAAAACUCGUUCAAAGUGUCCCGUGAUUCAGAACUCUGAACACAUUGCGUUUGAAUGCCAGUAUCUUGUCCUUCCUGAUGGGUUCAGUGUCCUGAGUGGGAUCUGUACACAGGACGCGGUUUUUAAACCAGUUUAUGUUUGCAUGUUUGUGUGUGCCAUUCUUUGUCCAUCUUGGGAAAUAGUCCUCUCGGACCGUUUUGUUAUAAAGAUUUUAACUUAUAUUAACGCUUCAUACAUGAGCGUUUGAAUUUAGCUGAUCUAAAUAUAAUUGAAUUAGAUUUUUAUGUACUUAAAAUAAAACCAGUUUUAUUUUUUGUGGUUAGAAACAAGUGGAACCAUGUAAAACCUUGUAAAUUGUACAUUUUAGGACUUUAAUGGGGGUAAUUCAUGUAAGAAUUGUAAAGCUGAAUGUACACAUAUCUGACUUUAACCCGCCCAGUGUAUUAAACUUAAUAAAAUUCCUUUUUGAAGUGAA